AUGAGACCAGCCAUUUCUCACUUGUUUGCUGAUCCAUGCAGAGAGCUUAACACAAGGCAAGGUUGGGAAGAUAUGGGCAUUGUGGUUUUGAAAGUCUUAUGGCACAGUCUGGUGUGGUUCCCUGGUCACAUUCCAAAACACAUCCUUAUCCUAUGGAUGAUUGUCUUGGAUAGGCUCCCUACUCGAGCUAGACUCAUGCGGAUGGGACUAGCUAUUGAAAGCGACAAGUGUUUGCUCUGUGACAUAGAGCCUGAAACUAGAAAUCGUAUUUUCUUCGUGUGUGGGCAUGCUAAAGCUUUAUGGGGGGUUAUUUUAUCCUUAUGUGGUAUCAACCGUGGUGCGAGUAGCUGGAAUGGGGAGCUUGCUUGGGCUAUUCACUACUUAAAAGGGUCACGAUUGUUGUCAUUAUCAGCCAUAACUCAAUCAGUGAGCUGUAAGGAAGUAGUGAUGUACGGUCGUCUUUCUUUUCAACAUUUCACACCUGUAAGUCAAGUUCCUAUGCCAAGUCGAUGA